UCCAAUUUUUUUGCAUAUAUAAUUCCAUUUGUAGAAUAAUCAACUUAUUGGUAAUAUCAAUUAGCAGAAAUGGAGGACGAUGAACGGCAACAACAAGAAGAAAUGUCAACUGAGAAUGGAACAACAUCAAAAGGAACUGAGAAAUCUAAUAGUACUCAUAAUCAUAAUCAUAAUCAUCAUCAUCCUUUAGCACAAGCUGCAGGAUCUUGCUCUUUUCCUGGAUUCUUUGGAAAGCAUAGGAUGCAAGCUGCAAUAUCCCACCUUAAUAACCAAAUCAUUAUCAUUCAGGAAGAAUUGGAAGAGCUUGAAACAAUAGGUGAAUCCUCCACCGUAUGUGAAAAUGUCAUUUCAAGCAUUGAAUCCAUUCCUGAUCCACUCCUUCCAAUCAGGACUAAAGGGCCAGUAGAUGCUACCUGGGAUCGAUGGUUCGGAGGAGGCACCAACAAUUCCAGAAGUCACAAGCGUUGGAUUUAGAACUCUGACGAUAGCAUAAUUCAGCAUCUGGAAGAUUGAAAAAUAAAAAGGCGAUUCAAGUGUACUAUAGUGUUGAUGAAUGUGGUCGUAAAAGUUAGAUUUUAAUGCCGUUGAUGUACCAAAAAGAUUGAUAAUGUGUAACUAAAUCAAUCUUUCUUUCUUUCUCUUUGAAUUAUUCAUUUUAUCCUUUCAUCUUUCUUGUUAUUACUGUAAUAUACUACUAUGUAAUAUUUAUACAACAGCUCAUGGCUAUGCCACGCUGGAAAGUCAGUUAUGCCAGGCUGGCAAGUUAGUUACAAUUAGUUUCUCAUCCUCUCAACUGCUCUCUCCAAGGAGCAUUGUAACUUUGUAACUGUUUUUCCUCACAUUGUUCAAAUCAGAACUUGUCUAAUUGAGUUCGACUUCUUUGAUCUCAA